ACACAUCUUCAUGCGCCGCCGUCGCAGCAGCAGCGCCGCCUGAUAACAACUGUGUUGUGUUUUGAUGGAGAUCACAGAAGCUGGGUCCGUUUCGUCGCUUUUUUCGGGUUGUCGUGAGUCAUAAGAAAAUCUGGGUUAGCGUAGCAACAAAUCAGCAAAAUAUGCCAUCAAGUGUUGGUCACAUCUCCAGCCAGCUGGGCUGUAGGGUUAGCAUCGUGGUAGCAAUGUAGGCAACGUUAGCUGGGAGUCCUGGACAGAAAUAGCAGCCCUCAAGGAAGCGGCAGCCAGCUCCGGUGAACGGACCUGCUUUGUGUACAGAGUGAUCGGCCAGUCUGCAGCUUCUCUGGAAUGCAUCUCUCCAAGAAAUGUUCCGCCUUCAAAGUGGUGCUGAGUGCUCUGCUGAUAGUGGCACUCCUGCAGCUCAUAUACCUGUCCUUCCUGUCCAAGUUCCACGGUAAGCAGCAGCGGUACCGAUACUCUGAGCUCUUUGGAGGCUCCGGGGCCAAGAAAAAUGCACACCCAGAGAAGAACUCACGAAAGGAGCGCCUGAGGUACUCCCUGUCUACUGGUGGGAUCUUCGACAACAGUGGUCAGUACCGCGUGUACAAGAACUUGAUCAAAAGUGAUUUCACCACUAAUCAGAAGCCGGGCUCCGACCCCAGCUCCAGCAUCCUGGCUUUGGCUACACACACGACUAUCAACAACCUGCAUCACCUGGAAUCUCUCCUGGAAAGGUGGCAAAACCCUCUGUCUGUGGCCAUAUUCGCACAUGGGCAAGAUGUUAAGUUUGCCACAGCUUUGGUCUAUGCACUCAGCUUCUUCUGCCCUCAGAUCCAAGCCCUGGUGGACUUCCACUUGGUGUGUCUCUCAGGAGAGACAGCCAGUUUCCCUGAACAGGACAGAGAGCACUUUGCAGGGCUUGAGGACUGUGCCUCAGUGUUCUCCAGACUGGAGACCCACAGGGACAAAUACAAGAACUAUGCCAUCAGUGGAAACAUCUCCUACCCCAACAACCUUCUCCGUAACAUCGCCCGAGGUGGCACCGAGUCCUCCUACAUCCUGGUCAUAGACAUCGACAUGAUGCCAAGCGCUGACCUGCAUCAGCAGUUCCAGACCAUGAUCCUGAAGCAUGAGCCAGCAAGUGACGAGGUGUUUGUCCUGCCAGCUUUUGAGAUCCGCCACGCCAGGAAGAUGCCUGCUACCAAGACAGAGUUGGUUCAGCUCUACCAAGUAGGAGAAGUCCGGCCGUUCUAUGAGGAGCUGUGUCCUCGCUGUCAGGCCCCUACCAACUACUCACAGUGGGUGAACAGUCACGUUAGAGGGCCGGCCAACCUGGAAGUCGCCUACACCCUCACCUGGGUGGACCCCUGGGAGCCUUUCUACAUUGGACCCCACACCGUGCCACUCUAUGAUGAGAACUUCAAGCAAUACGGCUUCAAUCGUAUCAGCCAGGCCUGUGAGCUCCAUGUGGCCGGAUACAGGUUCUCUGUGCUGAGUACGGCCUUCUUGGUACACCGGGGCUUCAAGAUCCAGGGGGAGUUCCACGCUAGGAAAGACGAGGAGAACAAACACAACCGGGUUCUGUUUCGCAGCUUCAAAGAGGGCCUAAAAACCAAAUACCCAUCCUCUAACAGACGAUGCUGAGGAUGGGCUGAGGGCUCUUUAUCCUGUCGGUAUCAGUCUUCAGUGAAGUCAGUCUUGAGCUGAAACGAUGAACAUUUUUUCACUGUAACCCAAUUUGGCUUCCAGUCAAACUCUCCUUGCCCAACUUUCAACGUCUGCACAUAAAUGUCCUAGUUUUUCUGAGAUUUCUUGUGAUGAUGGCACAGUAGGAGUUUAAGCUAAUCCAACUCUUGGGUGCAUUUCAAUUCCCCGUGAAAAUGAGCAGCGAGGAAAUAUUCUCCAGGCUUUUCUGAGCACAUCAUGCUAGUUGGGACUGAAAUUAGAAAUGAUCACUUAAGAGUGAAAAAGUGAAUGGGAAAUCAUGAGUGUACUGUGUUUGGAUUCAAAUGCACAAUCAGAAUCCAGAUGGCAUUUGAUUUAAAUUAAUAUUAAAGCAAAUGAAGCAUUCGGGCCUAUCUUAAAAUAACUUUAAACUAGCCCAGGUACUGAAAAAGACACAAAAAUGUUGCUUUGUUCCUUAAAUCAGAUUUGCAUUGUAGCUUAUAAAGUCAUGAGCCAACAGUGUGAGAAUGAGAAAUAAGAACCGCACCAGCAUCUCAAUGGACCCAAGUACAUUUUUAAGCUGUUUAGUGUCGAGCAGCUGACUAGCUAAUUAUUUAUUCAGUCUGCAGAGUGACAUAAGCAGUGGGGAUUUGUUCGUCAUUCAGAAAGCUAAGGUGCAUCACGUAUGUGUUUGUAGAUAGGCAUGAGCAGGAAAGAUGCACUUCUUGUUUUAUACAACAGGUCGCUAUGUGGUCUCCUAAAAACAGGACAGUGAUGCUAGUUAUUUAUGUACAUAUGGUUUAAAAUGAAAUAAUCUGGUUGAUGGUAUGAAACUAUGAGAACUAAAAACCUUUGAAUGCAAAUGAAGGGGAUGGUGAAAGGAAAAGGUUGAAAUUUAUCUCCUUUGGUUGUGGAUUUUUUCUUCAAAAAUUAACAGGAUAAUUGGCUUACAGAUAUAUGUAAAUGUAGUCGGGGAAAAAACAGUCUGACUUUACAUUGUGGUAGUGUGUCCAAAAAUGUCAGGUGUAGUUACAGACAUUUUUGUCAGCUACCAAACAAGACAAAUAGUGGUGGUGAUGAUGAUAAAAGGAGAUAAAAUGAGAGCUGAGUCUGAUUUUUAGGCUUCAGACCAAGUUUUUACCAAUUGGCAAUUUUUCAGCCUAAUGGACAAAGUAUGACCCAAAACUUCAGUCCUUCUAAAUUUCAGUAAGUCAGUAACAUGUUCUGACCACCAGAUGGCAGCAGUCACUUGAGUGUUGAUGCACAAUGGCAGCACAUAUAUUAAAGCCUGUAGUGAGAGCAGCAGACAACAGGAUACACCAUCCCAGGGUUUGUUGAUGGUUGGAUGGAUGUGAAUUUACUCUGUGCCACAGCGGUCGGCACAUUUCAGAAGUUUUCCAUACCCUGUGAGUGGGUAAAUCAACAAAGCACUGUACAGAGAUGACGUACGACACUAUCUUUUUGCCUACACUGUGUAAAACUACUGUAUUCUAACACUAAGGGUCUGACACUGGCAGUCACCUCGUGAAGGAGAGUAUAUGAUGGGACAGGCAGCUACGAGCGGAAAUGUAGCACGGUUAGUGGGUACAGAGAGAAAUAUACUGCAUAAAGCGUAAACCACGAACAAAAAGCAACGUGCUAUCAAAUGGAUUGCUGUGGAAAUGCUUCACUUAACACCACUAGUAAACAAAUAGCUAAGUUUGAUCUUAGACUUUAUUCUGUAACUCUAUGGUACAUACAUACAGUAUUAAACCUUGACGACCGCUCUUACUCCUGUCUUUUUAGUGGACAUACAUACAUACAUACAUACAACAAAGUAUGCAGAAACAAAAGAUGUUAUUUGGUUACUUUUAAAUGUUAUAUAGCCAUGUAUUUGAUGAUUUUGGAGAGAUUUAAAUAUUUUUUCCUUCCUUACUUGUAGUGUUCAUGAUAUAUUUAUUGUGAAAAUGUUUUAACACAUUUUUAUUUAAUGACCCGAACAAGAAACCUGUAGCACAAUGUGUUAGAUAUGAAACAUUUUGGUUUUUGAACAACUAUUAAACACUCAUUUGAUUUUUUUGGAGUGGGUUCAGUUUUAACAGUACAGUGCAGUGCUUUAUUUCUCAUGUCUUUUCAUCUAUUGAAAAUGCAUUUCUUUUUAGUAUUUAUUUUUCCUCUGUGUUCACAAAAUAUAAUGCCUGAUUUGUCUUGAUGAAAUUUCUAAUAAACCUUGUGGACGACUUU